AAGUUUAGAAAAAACAGAUAUCAGAGCUAUUGGUCUGUAAUUUGUUAUGUCCGAUGUCUUCCGCGAUUCGGCAUACAUUUUUCUCAGGUUGCGUCGUACCAUAGGAGACAAUGCCAAUACGCGUCCCGGACGUCGUCUCCGAAGCUCCUUCUUGGCGGCGUCGCAGGACUCGCGAAAGCUCGCAGGCGAAGGCGUCCGCGCAGGCGCCCUGGCUCCGCAAGCGACGGCAGAGAAGUCGCAGGUGAGCGGCGACCGUCUUGGAAAGCCGGCAGUCAUGGGGCUCACCUAAGUGUGUGCGAGCGGGCGAUUAUGCAUGUCGUGUUCUUCGUACCAGCAGUCUACCUUUUGCUCGUUACUACCCCCUUUGCGACGGCUUCCAGGGCCGCCGACUAUCUAGUCAUCGAUCCUAAUCAAACGUGUAAAAGAGCAAGAUGGUCACGUGGCAAAAUGGCAGACAUCUGCAAUAAGAAACCUGGUUUAUUGCACCAAAUAGCAAGAGGAAUUGCACUGGGCCAGAACGAGUGCCAGUAUCAGUUCAGAUUCAGGAGAUGGAACUGUACUACUGCUAAGAGGAGUAUCAAGAAAGUCAUGUUGAGAGAUACAAGAGAGACAGGUUUCGUCAACGCAAUCAUAGCAGCAGGUAUCACCUACCAAGUGACCAGAGCUUGUACCAAAGGCGAGCAAAUAGGUUGCUCGUGCUCCAAAAGAAAGAGGAAGAAGAACAACAAAAAGAAGUACCCCCAACUCCCUGAGGGCGAUUGGGAAUGGGACGGGUGCGGGGAGAACAUAGAGUUUGGUAUAAAAAAGUCCAAGGAUUUUCUCGACACACGUUACAAAAAGAGGAGUGAUAUGAAAACUUUAGUUAAAUUACACAAUUACGUCGCUGGUCGACUGGCCAUCAAGAACUACAUGCGCACAGUCUGCAAGUGCCACGGCCUCUCGGGCUCCUGCACCCUCAAAACCUGCACCCGCAAGAUGCCGUCCUUCCGCGAGGUGGGCAACCGCCUCAAGGAGCGCUUCGACGGCGCAGCCAAGGUCAUAGCGGGUAACGACGGCCGCAGUUUCGAGCCAGAGGGCGCCACCAUCAAGCGCCCCGGCCGUGUGGACCUGGUGUACUCGGAGGAGUCGCCGACAUUUUGUGAUCCCGACAACGCGCUGGGGUCGUUCGGUACGCGCGAUCGCACGUGCAACGACUCGUCGCAGGGAGAAGAAGGCUGUGGGAUACUGUGUUGCGGGAGGGGGUUCGUCCCGCGCCAGGAGGAAGUGCAAGUCAACUGCAAUUGUACUUUCAAGUAUUGCUGUGAGGUGCAGUGCGAUGUUUGUAACGUGACUAAGAAGAUUAAUAUGUGUAUGUGAUGUUGGAGAGGGUUGAUUGUGAUGACGGACUGUUGGACUAGUAGCGAAUCUAAGCAUUGGUGUUUAAGAUUCGGAUUGUAUUGGCUUUGAUAAAUGUGCUAUAUUAGGAUUUAGU